AGGCGGAGGCGAGGAGGAGGAGCUGCCCCGCCCAACGGAGCUGCAGGAGCGCCAGGAACCCCGGCCCCAGCCGCGCGCCUUCCUCGCCGCCGCUCCCACGCCUUCCGCGGGCAUCUGGGGCCGUAGGUGCUCGCCGAUCGGGAGGCGCUCCAGCGGCCCGAGCAGCCGCGGGAGCCGGAGCAGCGUCCUGCCAGCUCUCCGUCCUUCCGUCGGUCCGUCGGCCGCGGGAGCUGCUAGGAGGCGUCAUGUAGCCGCAGCAGCAAGCCCACAGCGGAUUUGCAACUAUUUAUUUAUUUAGGUGGGGGAGAGGCGCGGCGAAACUGCCUCUCCGCCGGGCCUUCUCGUCUCCUCCCGUUUGCACCCUGCUUCUGCCUCUCUACACACCGAAGGGCUCGGAGAGGGCGGGGCCGCGGACCCGAGCGGUACCUGCGGUCCCCGCGCGGAGGAGCCAUGGCCGAGGAGAGCGCCGAGGUGCCCCGCGAGCUGGCAGAAAACAUAAAGGAUGUUAUUGGCAGAAAGAUAAAAAUUGCAGUGAAGAAGAAAGUAAAGUUGGAAGUUAAGGGAGACAAAGUUGAAAACAAGGUGCUGGUGCUUACAUCAUGCCGAGCCUUCCUUCUUACAGCACGAAUCCCCACCAAGCUCGAGUUAACCUUCAGCUACUUGGAGAUUCAUGGUGUCACCUGUAGCAAGCCAGCUCAGAUGGUCGUGGAAACUGAGAAGUACAGCCUGUCCAUGAGGAUGGCUUCAUCCGAGGAUGUGAGUGAGGUGCUGGCUCACAUCGGCUCCUGCCUGCGGAGGAUAUUUCCUGGCCUUUCUCCAGUGAGAAUCAUGAAAAAAGUGUCCAUGGAGCCAUCUGAGCGGCUGGCCAGUCUUCAGGCUCUGUGGGACAGCCAGACUGUGGCUGAGCAGGGCCCCUGUGGUGGAUUUUCUCAGAUGUAUGCCUGUGUUUGUGACUGGCUAGGGUUUCCAUACAGGGAAGAAGUACAAUGGGAUGUGGAUACAAUUUAUCUGACACAAGACACUCGGGAAUUGAAUUUACAGGACUUCAGUCAUCUUGACCACAGAGAAUUUGCACAGAAACUGGCCAGUGCUCUGUCACAUAAUCCCAGCUCAGGACUCCACACGAUUAACCUUGCUGGUAACGCACUGGAGGACAGAGGUGUGUCUUCUUUAAGUAUUCAAUUUGCCAAACUCCCAAAAGGAUUAAAGCAUUUAAAUUUAUCUAAAACCUCAUUGUCACCUAAAGGGGUGAAUAGCCUUUCUCAGUCACUCAGUGCCAACCCAUUGACUGCCACCACUCUCAUCCAUCUGGACCUCUCAGGGAACAUCCUUCGCGGAGAUGACCUCUCGUACAUGUACAAUUUUUUGGCCCAGCCAAAUGCCAUUGCUCAUCUGGAUUUAUCCAACACAGAAUGUUCCCUGGACAUGGUCUGUGGUGCUCUUCUCCGCGGAUGCCUUCAACAUCUAGCAGUGCUCAAUCUCUCCAGAACUGUCUUUUCUCACCGGAAAGGAAAAGAAGUACCUCCGUCUUUCAAGCAGUUUUUUAGUAGUUCUCUGGCUUUGAUGCACAUCAACCUUUCAGGCACAAAACUAUCUCCUGAGCCCUUAAAAGCACUGCUACUGGGCCUGGCCAGUAAUCAUAACUUGAAAGGGGUUUCUCUUGAUCUCAACAACUGUGAGCUGAGAUCGGGAGGCGCACAAGUGUUGGAAGGCUGCAUUGCCGAAAUCCACAACAUCACCAGCUUAGACAUCUCUGACAAUGGUUUAGAAUCUGACCUAUCUACCUUAAUAGUGUGGCUCAGUAAAAACAGAUCAAUACAACACCUGGCACUAGGCAAAAAUUUUAAUAAUAUGAAAUCCAAAAAUCUGACACCUGUGUUGUACAACUUAGUACAGAUGAUUCAAGAUGAAGAAUCACCUCUGCAGUCCUUGUCCCUGGCUGACUCGAAACUCAAGACUGAGGUCACCAUCAUCAUUAAUGCCCUGGGAAGCAACACCUCCCUGACCAAAGUGGACAUCAGCGGGAAUUCCAUGGGGGACAUGGGAGCCAAGAUGCUGGCCAAAGCCCUGCAGAUUAACACCAAGCUCAGGACUGUCAUAUGGGACAAGAACAACAUUACUGCACAAGGCUUUCAAGAUAUAGCUGUUGCUAUGGAAAAGAAUUACACACUGAGAUUUAUGCCAAUCCCUAUGUAUGAUGCAUCUCAAGCCCUCAAGACCAACCCUGAAAAAACAGAAGAGGCUCUGCAGAAGAUAGAAAACUAUCUGCUCCGGAAUCACGAGACUAGAAAGUACCUUCAAGAGCAGGCCUACCGCCUCCAGCAAGGCAUCGUCACCAGCACCACGCAGCAGAUGAUUGACAGAAUAUGUGUGAAAGUACAAGAUCAUCUCAACUCUUUACGAAAUUGUGGGGUAGAUGCUGUCCAGGAAGAUUUAAAAUCAGCAGAAAGGCUCAUGCGUGAUGCUAAGAACUCUAAAACGUUGUUACCAAAUUUAUACCAUGUUGGUGGUGCGUCUUGGGCAGGAGCCAGUGGCUUGUUAUCAAGUCCAAUUCAGGAGACCCUGGAAUCAAUGGCUGGAGAAGUUACAAGAGUUGUGGACGAACAACUAAAGGCGCUGCUGGAGUCCAUGGUCGAUGCUGCUGAGAACCUUUGUCCCAGUGUGAUGAAAAAAGCCCACAUCCGACAAGACUUGAUUCAUGCCAGCACUGAAAAGAUUUCCAUUCCACGUACCUUUGUUAAAAAUGUCCUGCUGGAGCAGUCUGGAAUUGAUAUCCUUAACAAAAUUAGUGAAGUGAAGUUGACAGUGGCCUCCUUCCUGUCUGAUCGAAUCGUGGACGAAAUUCUGGAUGCACUGUCACACUGCCAUCAUAAACUGACGGACCACUUCAGCAGACGUGGCAAGACCCUUCCUCAACAAGAGUCCUUAGAGAUUGAGCUGGCUGAGGAGAAGCCCAUUAAACGCUCCAUCAUCACAGUGGAGGAGCUCACAGAGAUAGAGCGUUUGGAAGAUCUGGAUACUUGUAUGAUGACUCCUAAAUCCAAAAGGAAGAGUAUCCACAGCCGGAUGCUGCGGCCAGUUUCCAGGGCCUUCGAAAUGGAGUUUGAUCUGGAUAAAGCCCUGGAAGAGGUGCCAAUUCACAUUGAGGAUCCGCCUUUCCCCUCUGUCAGACCAGAGAAGCGGAGCUCAGGCUUGAUCUCUGAGUUGCCCUCCGAAGAGGGGAGGAAACUGGAGCACUUCACCAAGUUAAGGCCAAAGCGGAACAAGAAGCAGCAACCCACUCAAGCAGCGGUCUGUGCUGCCAACAUUGUCUCCCACGAUGGUGAACAGAAUGGUCUCAUGGGGAGAGUAGAUGAAGGUGUAGAUGAAUUUUUCACCAAGAAGGUGACCAAAAUGGAUUCUAAGAGAUCGUCAGCAAGAGGCUCAGAUUUUCAUGAGCUUAGUGAAGGAAGUGAUGAAAAGAAAAAGCGAGAUUCUCGGAAAAGUGGCUUUCUCAAUUUAAUCAAAUCCCGGUCCAAAUCUGAGCGACCACCAACGGUCUUGAUGACAGAAGAGCCCUCCUCACCAAAAGGGGUGGUUAGAAGUCCAGCCAUAGAUACACCCAGGAGGGACAUGAAGCCAACCGAGCACAAUGGCAAUUCUGAACGGAUGGAAGAUAUAAAAACACCCGACUCCCUUGAAGAAAGUCAAGGGGAAGACAUGGGAAAGGUGGAACGCAAUGACAGCAAGGGCAGCCCGCAGGGAGGGCGGAGGUACGGGGUCCAGGUGAUGGGCAGUGGUCUGCUGGCCGAGAUGAAGGCCAAGCAGGAGCGGAGAGCGGCUUGUGCACACAAGAAGCUUGGGAAUGACACCAUCUCCCAGGAGUCUUCCAGCCUGGCCAUGAGCAGCACAGAACGGUUGGAUGGAGGUGGGGCAGUGCCUAAACUGCACCCAGGUCUACCGGAGACCCGCUUCAAUUUGGGGACCCCAGAAAAGAAUGCCAAAGCAGACCCCAAAGCGGACAUGGGCUCCCGCCGGAGCUCCUGCAGCACACCCACCAGCCCGAAGCCCCUCCUGCAGUCCCCUAAGCCCAGCCUGGCGGCACGGCCCAGCAUCCCACAGAAACCGAGAACCGCCUCACGACCUGAGGAUGUCCCAGACUCUCCACCUGGCCUGAGUUCCCCGAAAGUUGCUCUUCUUCCACCUGUCCUGAAAAAAGUUCCUUCCGACAAGGAAAGAGAAGGCCAGGGUAGCCCCCAGCCCAGCCCCAGGACGUUUUCCCAGGAAGUUUCAAGGAGAAGCUGGGGCCAGCUGGCCCAGGAGUAUCAAGAACAAAAGCAGUGGUCCUCCAGUAAAGACAGCCAUCAAGGCAGCAAAUCUAGUGACUCUGGGGAAGAAGCAGAAAAAGAUUUUAUUUUUGUGUGAAGGUCACCCAUGUGCAAGGCCCACUGUGCAGGGUGCUGUGUUAGCCAUCAGAGAGGAACCCAGGGCAACACCUCCUACUUCCUAUGCGCUCUUCUCUUGGUGCUUUUUUUUUUUUCCCCCUUUUUUCUUUACUUUUUUUUUUUUUUUUAA